CUCAGAUCUGGCACCGCAGGACAGUCAGUCCGCCUCCUUCGCCCUUCAACAUGCAGCCAACAAGACUUACAACUCGGCAGUGACAAGUGUUUCCAAAGUGGCGAGUCCUGCCCCGUUUCAGCGAGCAGACCGUGCGCAAAGAGCGAAAUCGAGGACAAACUGCGUCUUUUUCUUUUCGCCUUUUUCCUGGAGCCAAAAUCAGGCGGAGUUGAGCAAUUCUGCAGGAUUUCUUAUUAUUGUUAUUAUUAUUAUAAUUAUAAUUAUUAUUAUUUAAAGGGGACUAUUUUGGUCAAAGCCUUUUCACCGACAUGGAGUAUACGUCAUCCCCGAAACCGCAGCUGUCAUCCAGGGCGAACGCUUUCUCCAUAGCCGCCCUGAUGUCCAGUGGGAAGCCCAACAAGGACAAGGAGACGGAGGAGAACACCAUCAAGCCUCUCGAACAAUUUGUGGAGAAAUCGUCCUGCAACCAGCAGUCUCUGGCGGACCUGUCCUCCCUGGACGGACACGGGGACUUCAGCGGGAGCGCGCCCGCGGUGUGCACGGAGCCGCUCAUCCCCACCAAUCCCGGCAUCCCCAGCGAGGAGAUGGCGAAGAUCUCGUGCAGCCUGGAGACCAAAGAGCUGUGGGACAAAUUUCACGAGCUCGGCACCGAGAUGAUCAUCACCAAGUCUGGAAGGAGGAUGUUUCCCACCAUCAGGGUCUCUUUCUCCGGGGUGGACCAGGACUCCAAGUACAUCGUGUUGAUGGACAUCGUCCCGGUAGACAACAAGCGGUACCGGUACGCCUACCACCGCUCCUCCUGGCUGGUGGCCGGGAAGGCCGACCCUCCUCUGCCCGCCAGGUUGUACGUGCACCCGGACUCACCUUUCACUGGAGAGCAGCUCAUGAAGCAAAUGGUUUCCUUCGAGAAGGUCAAACUGACGAACAACGAAUUGGACCAGCACGGACAUAUCAUCCUCAACUCCAUGCACAAGUACCAGCCGCGGGUCCACAUCAUCAAGAAGAAGGACCACACCGCCUCGCUGCUCAACCUCAAGUCUGAGGAGUUCCGCACCUUCGUCUUCGUUGAGACCGUCUUCACCGCCGUCACGGCCUAUCAGAACCAGCUGAUCACUAAACUGAAGAUUGACAGCAACCCGUUCGCCAAAGGUUUCCGGGACUCGUCGCGGCUGACCGACAUGGAGAGCAGGGAAAGUGUUGAGAAUCUGAUCCACAAGCACUCGUACGCCCGGUCACCAAUCCGAACCUACGCUGGCGACGACGAGAACCUGAGCGAGGACGGACACACCGCACACACCAGAGGCUCGGCGUUCACCGCCUCAGACAACCUCUCCCUGAGCUCCUGGGUCACCACCACUUCAGGCUUCUCGGGCUUCCAGCACCCACAGUCCCUGUCGGCCAUGGGCACCGGCGCCGCCUCCUUGCCCCACCCCAUCCAGGGCUCCCUGCCCCCCUACAGCCGACUGGGCAUGCCGCUGACGCCCACCGCUCUGGCUGGAACCAUGCAGGGCAGUGGGCCUUCCUUCCCUUCCUUCCACAUGCCCCGCUACCACCACUACUUCCAGCAGGGGCCCUAUGCCGCCAUCCAGGGACUCCGCCACACCUCCACGGUCAUGACGCCCUUUGUAUGACUCCAUCAUGGGGAGGAGAUGGCAGAUCUUUGCUCUGAUUCCCAAUCCAGUGCAACCAGUUAUUUCUCAACUGCGCCUCAUCACUCCUCAUCCUGUUUGUAACUUUCCCCCUGGUCUUUGUAAAUAGUUCACCUGCUGCAAGUGAGGUGAAGAGAAUGUGGCGCACUGAUCCAGAAAAUCCCCCGAAAAAGGACUGUGACGAACUGCUGAUGUGUCCGCAGGUCCUGUGAUUUCUAUGAACCCUUUAGUGACAUGUACAAACACUUACAACCUCAAAACGAACUAUAAAGCCUGAUGUCAGACAAUACAAGGAGCUUGUUUGAUCUUGGCCCCCGGAGAACAGAAAGUGGAUCCUCAACCUAAACUUAUAUUAACAAUAUUUAGAAGACCCUCUGCAGGUGUAACAGUCCCUGUAGGGACUCCACCGGGGCUUUAAAGACAGCAGGUUGCUGCGUGAUCCAACAAUGCAUCCUAAGAUAAGGAUUGUUUGGAGAGACUCGUCCGAUGCUACAGUAUGUUGGACACCGAGGCAUAGUCGGAGUCUGUGAACAUUUCAGAAUCUCUAACCAAAUCUCAGCUUUCCUCUGCUUUCUAGAAACCAGCCACAUGUACAGUUCAGACUUCACACUCUGUUGAAGAUUAUGUCAGAAACACGCUGGAGUGCAUUGUACAAACUUGAAAAUGCAACAUUAACUCACUGUAGAGUGCAAAAAAA